CGAAAGAAGAAGAAAUUGGGAUGAAGAAGAAGGCGAUUAUGGAAUUAAAAAGUCAAUUAUCUUCCUCUUCAUUAAAUAAUGGACAAUCAACAACACUAAAUUCUUCAAUUUUAAAUAUACCUCAAAUUAAUUCUGCAGAUUCUUGUAGUACUUUGAUACAAGAAAUUCCAACAGAUUGCCUUCAAAGAAUUACCGACCCUUUUUUACUUUACAAUGAAAGAAAUAAUUUAUUUAAUUUGGCACAAAAAAUUGGUGUUAAAUUUGAAGUUCGAGAAAUUGAAGGUGCUUUUAUUUUUUCCCAUCCACUAACUAAAAAUAUAAUUGUUUUUAAUUCUCAAAUUUUUAAUGGACAAAAUGGACAGAAAAUUGAGGGAAUUCGUAUUUCUUUGCAUAAAAAUGAAAGACUUUAUCGAGAAAGUCAUCUUUGGCCGGUCGAAAGAUGGUUGGGGUUGGCAACAAUUGAAGGUGUUUGUAGACGUUUCUUUUCCUCUUCUUGCGAUAUUUAA